GUGGGCUUUUCUGUUGCACUUUUAUCUAUCUCCCUACCUACCCACCUACCUUCCCUUCCCUGUGUCUUUCCGACUGUUGUGUAUAGAUCUUUAUCGGCUGGGUUUAUAAAGAGCUGGUCUGGAUCAAGCACACUAGUGACUGACUUGCGAGGCUGUUGCCUAUUGUUGUUGUCUUGCAUUUGGGCAUAACAUUCCUGACUGACGCCCUGCCCCUCUCCCAAGGCGGCUUUGUUUACUUCUCCCAUCUACCAAACCCGAUAAUCACCUGCCGACGGAGUAGUUUCGGACGAAACGGCAACACACAGCACCAGAGACACGACCGUCUCAUCACCUGUUUCACACGCGCAACUGGCCAUUGGAUAGCAUAGGUAGUGGAAUGGACUGAGUAAAGUCUCAACCGCAACCAUGAAUCCAAAUCGCGUCCCGGUGCGAAAAUACGAGGAGGAACCUCCAGCGUACAGCUCAUAUACCGGCGACACGGCCUCGUAUCUCUCCGAUAAUGAAUCCCCGACGUCAACCCGUGCCAAUGGCGCCACGAUGCGGUUGCUGCCAACGAGCGGCGAUCUAGACGAUAACCAUAGUGCGGACGUGGGGGCGAGGUCGACUUAUCAGUAUGAUGAUCCUGAUCCUUUUGGAGAUGACGCUGCAACUGAACAUACCCGAUUUUACGCACCUACGGAUUUUACUCCCUCACGACCGGCCUCGAGUCUCGGAAAUGUGCCCACGAUUCCCCCGCCGACAUCCUCCAUGGCAGAUGGAUUCCACUAUUCCUCCCGCCCAGCGUCGCCCUCUCGACCGUGGUCUCCGUCCCGUGUCUCCGGAUGGACGAGGCCCACAUCGGCCGCGGGCACACACUACGAACGCGCCGACCUCAAUGGCAGCCCGCGCCCAGGUACCCCCAGCUCCAGGUACGGGGGCAGUCCGAGAAGGCCGUUGCCGCCAGCGCCAUUGUUUGCCGCUCCGGGAUCAACCACAGGCGGACAGGACGCGAGCAUCGAUAUCGGCGAUACGACGGAACAUGAUGACGAUGUGUUCGGAGGUGGAGGAAGGCGAAUCCGCCGUGAUCAACGUGGUAGCGUACGGUCAUUCAUGAGCGACUCGACCGCGAUCACGGACGAAAAGGACAUGGAGAAGGUCAAUCUGGAUGACGAUGAAUCAAGCAGCAUGGUCGAUCCGAACAUGCACUACGGCCCCGCCCCAGAGAAGCAAAGCCGCCGCGGUGUUCGGGAUGCGCUGGUGUCGAAGAAGGAAGUUCAGCUAGUCAACGGUGAACUGAUCCUCGAGUGUAAAAUCCCCACGAUUCUGCAUUCUUUCCUGCCUCGUCGCGACGACCGUGAGUUCACACACAUGCGCUACACGGCGGUGACCUGCGACCCGGACGACUUCACCCAGAGAGGAUACAAGCUGCGCCAGCAGAUCGGGACCACCACGCGCGAGACCGAACUGUUCAUCUGCGUCACGAUGUACAACGAAGACGAGAUUGGUUUCACGCGAACCAUGCACGGCAUCAUGCGCAACAUCAGCCACUUCUGCUCGCGGUCCAAAUCCCGCACGUGGGGAAAAGAUGGCUGGAAAAAGAUCGUGGUCUGCAUCAUCGCGGAUGGUCGUAAGAAGAUCCACCCCAGAACGUUGAAUGCCCUUGCAGCCUUGGGUGUCUACCAGGAAGGGAUCGCCAAAAACAUCGUCAACCAGAAGCAGGUCAAUGCCCACGUUUACGAGUACACCAGUCAGGUAUCCCUGGACUCCGACCUGAAGUUCAAGGGCGCCGAGAAGGGCAUCGUGCCAUGCCAAGUACUCUUCUGCCUGAAAGAGCACAAUCAGAAGAAACUGAACUCUCACCGUUGGUUCUUCAAUGCCUUUGGCCGAGCUCUCCAGCCCAACAUCUGCAUUCUGCUGGAUGUCGGGACCAAGCCCGAACCCACUGCGCUAUACCACCUGUGGAAAGCCUUUGACCAGGACUCCAAUGUCGCCGGAGCGGCCGGUGAGAUCAAAGCCGGGAAGGGCAAGGGGAUGCUGGGACUGUUGAAUCCGUUGGUGGCGAGUCAGAACUUUGAGUACAAAAUGUCCAACAUCCUGGACAAGCCUCUCGAGUCUGUCUUUGGCUAUAUUACUGUGCUCCCUGGUGCGCUCAGUGCGUACCGCUUCUUUGCUCUGCAGAACGACGCCGAAGGCAAUGGUCCUUUGAACCAGUACUUCAAGGGAGAGACGCUGCACGGAAAGGACGCGGACGUGUUCACGGCCAACAUGUAUCUGGCAGAGGACCGUAUUCUCUGCUGGGAGCUGGUGGCUAAGAAAGAGGAAAGAUGGGUUCUGAAGUUCGUCAAGAGCGCUGUCGGCGAGACUGAUGUGCCUGACACCGUGCCGGAAUUCAUCUCGCAGCGACGACGUUGGUUGAACGGUGCCUUCUUUGCGGCUGUGUACUCCAUUGUCAACGUGAAGCAACUGUGGCAAACGGAUCAUUCUAUCGCACGGAAGAUCCUUUUGCAAAUUGAAUCCGUCUACCAGUUUAUGCAGCUGCUCUUCACUUACUUUGGAUUGGCAAACUUCUACCUGGCUUUCUUCUUCAUUGCUGGGUCACUGUCAGAUAAGAAGAUCGAUCCCUUUGGUCAUAACGUGGGCAAGUACAUCUUUAUCACCCUAAGAUACGCCUGUAUUCUGGUCAUGUGUCUCCAAUUCAUCAUAUCAAUGGGAAAUCGACCACAAGGAGCCAAGAAACUGUACCUCUCAGGUAUCAUCGUCUACAGCGUGAUCAUGGUCUACACCGCAUUCUGCGCCCUCUACCUCGUCGUCUUGGAGCUCAUGUCCAAAGCCGGCAAAGACGUCGACCUCCCAGUCAGCGACGGCCUCCUCGUGAACAUCGUCGUAUCCCUCCUCUCAACCGUCGGCCUCUACUUCUACUCCUCCUUCCUCUACCUCGACCCGUGGCACAUGUUCACCUCAUCCGCGCAAUAUUUCGCCCUCCUCCCCAGCUACAUCUGCACGCUCCAAGUCUACGCCUUCUGCAACACGCACGACGUCACAUGGGGCACAAAAGGCGACAACGUGAUCAACACCGACCUCGGCGCAGCCCGCAUCAUCAACGGCUCCAUCGUCGAGCUCGAAAUGCCCUCCGAGCAACUCGACAUCGACAGCGGCUAUGACGCCGCCCUCCGCAACCUCCGCGACCGCCUCGAGGUCCCCGAACCCCCCGUCUCCGAAAACCAGCUCCAGGAAGACUACUACCGCGCCGUCCGCACCUACAUGGUCGUCAUCUGGAUGACCGCAAACGUCAUCCUCGCCAUGUCCGUCUCGGAGGUCUACGGCGUCGAAUCUAGCGGCACGAACGUCUACCUCGCUAUCAUCCUCUGGUCUGUCGCUAUUCUGGCCCUCGUCCGCGUCAUCGGCUCCACGACCUACGCUGUUCUCCUGCUCGUGCAGAAGAUCGUAGAAGGCAAAGCCAAGUUCGACGCCGGCAAUAUCACCAGCGGUUCCUCCACCGCGACAUCCAGUGCUGUCGGGGGGUCCGGGUCGGCGCCUGUCCAGUACGGCGGAGGCGCUACCUUCCGGGAUCGGCUCACGGAGGCGAAGUGGAGUAUGAAGAGACAGGCUGGGAAGGCCAUGUUUUGGAGGAAGUAAUCCCACACUUUCUUCUGUUUUACUCAGCUUUUUUGUUGUUUAUGUUUGAUGUUGGAUUCUUUUCUUUUCUCUUUUUCUGAUUCCCGAUUUUGUUUUUACCCUUUUUUCUGCGCUUUCCCCUCGAUGUACCCAAUAUGUUGGGCUUGAUGAUUUGCAUGAUGGAUUUGGUUUACUUUUUUUUUCUUUUUCUUUU